AUGAGCAUGGCCAAGUUGUUUCUAGCUGCCAUGGCAAUGGCCGCCGUUUUCUCUGUUGGCGUAAAUGCUCGAGUUGCGGCCCAUUAUAACAAUCAUGAGGUCAGUUGUCAUUCUUUGUCAUUCUUUUUUUGUCAUGAAAAAGUUUCAUUCGAUAAUGCCCGGUCGUUACAAAACAAUCUUGUCCUCUCAGCAGCCAAUCCACGAACUACGUAACUAUGCCUCUUUUGAGUUUUGAGUAAGAGCUACGAACGAGCGCGUAGAAGAAAACAACAAAAAAUGUGAAAAAUACCGACAAAAAAUAACUAUCUUAAAUUUUCAAUAACUGAAAGAAAAAUACUAGCUUACCGAUACGUCUUUAGUAUAAGCGACGAAAACCUCUUGCGCGCCCAAGAAGGUGUUGAAAAUUACUUCCGGUGUUCUUUAUUGGUAUUCGUUUUAAGAGUGGCACCAAAAAAGGCCAUAUAAUAAAUGACUUAUUGACUUCGUCCGUUUGGUCAUUACAGGGAAAUCUCAGACCUCGGCUCUCGCUAUCGCUUUUGCGGCACAUCAAGCCCUCGGUCUGAGAUUUCCCUGUAAUGACCUCACUCUUGGUUAAUAAGUGGUAUACAUGCAUGCACCACCAUUUUAGGAGGAUGAGAGGAGCUUUACCAGCUUAUCUACACAAAUACACACUGCCUUUUAUCGCGGCGGGAGGGGGGAGGGGGUAUAGUAUCUAUUUGUAAAACACUCCUUUCCCAACCAGCUAUCUUUAUUUCUCUUUUAGGCCUACAAUGAAUUGGUGAAAACAGGUAGGAAAAUAAUAAUUGUUCUAUACGAUAACCAACGUGUCAAGAAGCACUGUGCCCUACAACACAGCAUAUUGAGGCCUAUUGCAAAUCGCCGAGAUUUCCCAGCGCGGGAAACCGCUACAAACACCAUCAUCACACUAUCAUCAUCAUCAUCAUCAUCAUUUUGGUCACACUCCUACUCUUUUAACUUUUCAAUUUUCAUGUGAAUUCAAAGCUUAUUUAUGUUUUGUUAUUUCAUUUUAGACCGGUUACGCGAAUUAUUCAGCCGAGGGAAUUGUCAAUGCCGUGGUGAGGGUUUUCGUGAUUCUGGCUACGGAAGUGGGACAACCUUCUGGUUUGUCGGAUGUAGCGGCAACUGGCAAGACUGCAAAGAUCCAGGACUUAUGACCAGUUGUUGCCGAGAACAAGGGAAGAAAUGA